CCACCUGCCUCGGCCUCCCAAGAUGCUGGAAUUGCAGGUGUGAGCCACCAUGCCCACCCUGGGGCUGUUACUGUUAAUGGAGGAUGCAGGAAGUGCCCUAUCAGAUGGCAGUGGACUCCUCUCACAGCCCGGGUUGCCAUCCUGGGGUCCAAGAUAAAAUGCCGAAACCCUGCAGGUUGGCUGCAUACCUCCCACUUCUCCCCAUUCUAGAAAUCAGGUGACUGAAGCUUCGGAGGUGGAAGUAGCUGGGAUUGGAAGCCCUGGGUCUUGGGCCCCGCCCCAAGCCCCAGCAGCUGCUGACACCCUUUGCAGAUGUUCAGGAUGACCGUGGAGGGGAGGUUGCAUUUCCUCAUCGUGGUCUGCCCACCUGAGCCUGCACACACGGUAAUCUUGUAGUGUGGAAAGGCACCAGCCCAUGGGUUAAGGGGCCUAGAAGGGAGAGUUGUGACCCAGUCUGGGCCAGCAACCAGCUGUGUUACCUGGGGGAAUCCCUCUGCCUCUCUGUGCCUCGGUUUCACCAUCUCUGUCCAGUGGGUACAGUGGACCACAUGAUGACAUCUCCCUGAUAGCUUGGAAAGCGGUGACUGUGCUUUGGUAGGCACCGAUUCUGUGCCAGGCCCUACACCAACGGCUGAAGCUGGUGAAGUGAUCACUGCAAGUACCCCCGGUUCACAGGGAGGACAUCACACCGUGGCAAAAUGGCCAGCCAAGAGUGGAACUUGGGUCUGGGUGGCCCAGAGUCCACAGGCCUCAUCACAGCUCUCUCCAAUCUGCGGCUGCCAGUCCCUCUCCUGGGUACAGAGGCUGAGAAGCAACUGCCCUGCACACAGGCCUGACUCCCCUCACCUUCCCAGCCCGAUGACCAGGCCCCCUGACAGCUGUUGGCAGAUCCCCAGCGGCCCCCAGCCCACUGGGCUCUGUUCCCAGAGCCUGCGGCCUGCUCCUUAGACCUUCCAGGUCCCACGGGCUUGUGGUCUGCCCCCUGCCCCUGCUGCUGAGGCCAAGGAGGCGGCCCACAGGGGCCGGGGCUAGGAGAGGCCCCAGCCCCCGCCCCCUGCGGAGAGGGUGGGGAGGGUGGAGCUGUGGGAGUUUCACUGGUUUAAAAAUACACAGAGGAAGCGAGUGAGAGAAAGGGGAAGGGGAGGUGGGAGAGGCACCUCAACUUUGAUGUCCAGAGCCUUGAGCGGCCACUCGAAAGCUGGCCAAGGGCUUCACACAACUUGCCAAGAUGACAGAGGGGACCAAGAAGACCAGCAAAAAGUUCAAGUUCUUCAAGUUCAAGGGCUUUGGGAGUCUCUCCAACCUCCCUCGGUCCUUCACUCUGAGACGAUCCUUAGCUCCCAUCAGUAGGCAGUCCCAUUUGGAGCCUGACACCUUUGAAGCCACGCAGGAUGACAUGGUGACGGUGCCCAAGAGUCCCCCAGCCUAUGCCCGCUCCAGUGACAUGUACAGCCACAUGGGCACCAUGCCUCGCCCCAGCAUCAAGAAAGCACAGAACUCACAGGCUGUCCGGCAGGCCCAGGAGGUGGGUCCCAAGCCCAACCUGGUACCCCGAGGUGUACCCGACCCCCCAGGCUUGGAGGCAGCCAAGGAGGUGAUGGUGAAGGCCAAUGGCCCUCUAGAGGACAUCCCAGCAAUGGAACCCAACCCUUCAGCAGUGGAGGUAGACCCCAUCAGAAAGCCCGAGGUCCCCACAGGAGACACAGAAGAGGAGAGACCUCCCAGGGACGUGCACUCAGAAAGGGCUGCUGGAGAGCCGGAGGCUGGCGGCGACUAUGUGAAGUUCUCCAAGGAGAAGUACAUCCUGGACUCAUCGCCAGAGAAACUCCACAAGGAAUUGGAGGAGGAGCUCAAACUCAGUAGCACGGAUCUCCGCAGCCAUGCCUGGUACCAUGGCCGCAUCCCCCGAGAGGUCUCGGAGACCUUGGUACAACGCAAUGGCGACUUCCUCAUCCGGGACUCGCUCACCAGCCUGGGCGACUAUGUGCUCACGUGCCGCUGGCGCAACCAGGCCUUGCACUUCAAGAUCAACAAGGUGGUGGUGAAGGCAGGCGAGAGCUACACACACAUCCAGUACCUGUUUGAGCAGGAGAGCUUCGACCAUGUGCCCGCCCUCGUGCGCUAUCAUGUAGGCAGCCGCAAGGCUGUGUCAGAGCAGAGUGGUGCCAUCAUCUACUGCCCGGUGAACCGCACCUUCCCACUGCGCUACCUCGAGGCCAGCUAUGGCCUGGGACAGGGGAGUAGCAAGCCCGCCAGCCCUGUCAGCCCCUCAGGCCCCAAGGGCAGCCACAUGAAGCGGCGCAGCGUCACCAUGACCGACGGGCUCACUGCCGACAAGGUCACCCGCAGCGAUGGCUGCCCCACCAGUACGUCGCUGCCCCGCCCUCGGGACUCCAUCCGCAGCUGUGCCCUCAGCAUGGACCAGAUCCCGGACCUGCACUCACCCAUGUCGCCCAUCUCCGAGAGCCCUAGCUCCCCUGCCUACAGCACUGUAACCCGUGUCCAUGCCACCCCUGCAGCCCCUUCUGCCACAGCACUGCCUGCCUCCCCUGUCACCCGCCGUUCCAGUGAGCCCCAGCUGUGUCCUGGAAGUGCCCCAAAGACCCAUGGGGAGUCAGACAAGGGCCCCCACACCAGCCCCUCCCACACCCUCUGCAAGACCUCCCCGUCACCAUCACUCAGCAGCUACAGUGACCCGGACUCUGGCCACUACUGCCAGCUCCAGCCUCCCGUGCGUGGCAGCCGAGAGUGGGCAGCAGCUGAGGCCUCCAGCCAGCAGGCCAGGAGCUAUGGGGAGAAGCUAAAGGAACUGUCAGAAAAUGGCGCCCCCGAGGAGGACUGGGGCAAGACCUUCACAGUCCCCAUCGUGGAAGUCACUUCUUCCUUCAACCCGGCCACCUUCCAGUCACUACUGAUCCCCAGGGAUAACCGACCGCUGGAGGUGGGCCUUCUGCGCAAGGUCAAGGAGCUGCUGGCAGAAGUGGAUGCCCGGACACUGGCCCGGCAUGUCACCAAGGUGGACUGCCUGGUUGCUAGGAUACUGGGCGUUACCAAGGAGAUGCAGACCCUAAUGGGAGUCCGCUGGGGCAUGGAACUGCUCACCCUCCCCCAUGGCCGGCAACUACGCCUAGACCUGCUGGAAAGGUUCCACACCAUGUCCAUCAUGCUGGCCGUGGACAUCCUGGGCUGCACUGGCUCUGCGGAGGAGCGGGCAGCACUGCUGCACAAGACCAUUCAGCUGGCGGCAGAGCUGCGGGGGACUAUGGGCAACAUGUUCAGCUUCGCGGCGGUCAUGGGUGCUCUAGACAUGGCCCAGAUUUCUCGACUGGAGCAGACAUGGGUGGCCCUGCGGCAGCGACACACGGAGGGUGCCAUCCUGUAUGAGAAGAAGCUCAAGCCUUUUCUCAAGAGCCUCAACGAGGGCAAAGAAGGCCCGCCGCUGAGCAACACCACGUUUCCUCAUGUGCUGCCCCUCAUCACCCUGCUGGAGUGUGACUCGGCCCCACCCGAGGGCCCUGAGCCCUGGGGCAGCACGGAGCAUGGCGUGGAGGUGGUGCUGGCCCACCUGGAGGCUGCCCGGACAGUGGCACACCACGGAGGCCUGUACAACACCAAUGCUGAGGUCAAGCUGCAGGGGUUCCAGGCCCGGCCGGAGCUCCUGGAGGUGUUCAGCACGGAGUUCCAGAUGCGCCUCCUCUGGGGCAGUCAGGGUGCCAGCAGCAGUCAGGCCCGGCGCUAUGAGAAGUUCGACAAGGUCCUCACUGCCCUGUCCCACAAGCUGGAGCCUGCCGUCCGCUCCAGCGAGCUGUGAUCCCAGGGACGUUUCCCCUCUGCAGCUGCGGACAGCGUCAGGGGCAGAGGGGGCACAGACCUUUCCCCAGAGCACCCCAAGGACACUGUGAUCAACCCGAGAAUGUUCUGGGUUCAACUCAAGCAUCUCCCUUGCACCUCCAGGGUCCUGCGUGGACCCUGGGUUCCAUCCCACCUGCUACACGCUCACCAGGUCUCCGUUGAGGAAGAACAGGAACGCCGGUUCCCCCACCAGCUUUUGCUGCUCCCCUUCCUGCUGGGGUUCCCUGUUUUCGAGCCAUGGGAGGCAGGCUGUUCACGCCUCCUCACUCUCCAUCUGUCCCUCACCCACACCAAGGCCUCCGUCUCACUGUAAAUAAGUCUCUGUGUUCUGUAAAUAGAUGUACAGAAGCCAUGUUAUUUCUUUCAUAUAAUAAACUUUUAUGACUCUUUA